AUGGCAACCUUGGAGAUUCGCCUGAAGAGAGUGAACAAGACUUACCACGAAGGCGUCAGUAUAUUCUUGGAUAUUCUAAUGUUUUAAUUGCAACUGUACUUUAAAUAACUCUGAAUGAUCUUAAUUAUAAAUCUAUGAAUCCAUAACUUCAGCACGGAUACAUAUAUACAUACAUGCAUACGUAGAUUAUGAGCUCGAGAUUUCUACCGCACAAUAGUUGACGAGGGGGAAUCUACUAUCAACUAACGUGCUUAAAAAAACUGGAGUGAAUGAUUGGAUAUUUUAGUAUAAAUCUACUGGUAUUUCGAAAUUCUCCUCACUAUCUAUCGCUGAAUAGAUAGCGAAUGGCACAGCUAAUCAGAUUGCAGUAUUUGUGGCAAAGAGUGAGGAGAUUUAUACCAUUAUUUGAGAGACCGAUCUAAAGUAAGUUUUGUACAUGUUGCUUGUACAUAGUUUAAUUGUAUCGUUACAUUUUAUGUUUGUUUUAAACUUUACCGAACAUUUGUUUGAUACUUUACCAAACUCAAAAAUAAAAAAAUUUAAAAAAAAAUGUCUCAUGACAGAUAAGGAUUGGAAAUUGUCCAGGGUGAUCUUGGUAGCAUAUAUAAUACAAUUUUUCGGUGCUGACUUAUUUCAAAUAUGAAUGGAGAGUCCAUUAGGGUGGUAUGGAAUUUAGAUAUAACUUGGGAAUGUUAUUGAAUCAUCUCUUUCUAUAUUAAUCUUAGGACAUUGUUAAAGGUGUUAUUGUAGUUCAGAGUCGCGGAGAGCUCUCACACAAUGGUAUCACUCUCUCUAUGGAAGGAUCUGUGAAUCUGCAACUGAGUGCUAAAAGUGUUGGAGUUUUUGAAGCAUUCUACAACUCCUUGAAGCCAAUCCAUCUGGUCAACUACUCCCUAGAGAUUGCAAAACCUGGCAAAUUAUACCAUUCUAUUUCAAUAUCUUUAAUUUUUGGUUUGAUAUUUGAUUGUAUUUGUAUUGUAUUUUCAUCACCAUUCCAACAGUUCAAUGGCAGCAUGAGUAAUUUUUGUGUUUUCCCAUCUAUAUAAUCUUGAUUUUUUUAUUCCAUUCAUGAUAAUGUUGUUGGAGAACUGAAUCACUCUUAUCAUCCUUUCCUGUAUCACAUGCAUUUUUUUACCCAUCAUGUAAAAUCUUGCAUAGUCCAUUAAUUAUUCAGACUUUGCUUGCUGUAGCCUUUAGGCAAUAUACAUGUAGGUCACUGAGAUGUUAUGCAGUUCAGAUUUAUAUUUUUGACUAGGUUAUUUACAGACCCAUCAUUGUUAAAUUUUAAUAGUUUAAAUGUUAUUCUGAGAUGGAUUUGAAUGACUGUAAGGUUUACGCCAAAUGGCAAGACUGAACUUCCUUUUGAGAUUCCACUGAAACCCAAGGGUAACAAGCCACUGUAUGAGACCUAUCAUGGAGUUUUUGUAAACAUUCAGGUAUUUUUUUAGUUUUACAUGUUGAGCAGUUGUAUGAUUUGACAAUAGCACCGAGUGUUAUUGCUUUAGUAUGUUUAACAGGUUAUUAUAUUUAUCAUGGUAUGGCUUAUGUCCAAAUCAAUAACAUAAUAGAAUUAUACCAAAGAUUGAAUGCUUUCCAAUAGUUUCUCGUUUAUUUCCUACCUGCUAAUCCUCCCACAGUUUUAAUGUUCUUAAACAUUUAAUUAGUCACUCAACUCCUGUGAGCAAUUGUUUUUCCAAGAAGAUGUUACCAGCCACAAUUACAGUCUUACUUCAGCACAGUGACCUCAGCUAGUUUUAACGUUAAACUGCUUAAACUCACUUUCCAUUUCUAAUUCCAUCCCUAAUCAACACUGACUUGACUUUCCAAUGAAAGAAAGACCCUGACUAUAACUUUUUAGUUUUUGGUUUGGCUUUUCCAUUUAAUCUCUAAUGCAGAAAGGACUGUUUAAAUCUUCAGCUGAUUUGUUGUGUAUUAUUUUGUAGUAUUAUCUCCGAAGUGAAAUGAAAAGGCCAUAUUUGAACAAAGACCUUCAGAGCCAAGCAGAGUUUAUAGUUGAGAAUAAGGUUAUUUGUGGAAGUAUAUUACUCAUCCAUCUAUAUUGUAUAAACAAAAUGAAGCACCUUUUUAAAGUCCUUUAUAUUAGAAAUAAAAUUGAAUAGCAUACUAGAUCUUAAUGCACUAAAAUGGACUAAAAGGAUUUCAUCAUUGACUAUCAACAGAAAGUCUAGAAGUACAAAUUAACUGCAAUCAGUAGUGAAAUUCAAAAUAGUGAGUUUUGAACAUUAGAACUUUAUUGAUAUUGAAAAGAGAAUAUGGGUUACAUUUGUGUUUGAAUAUUGUUUUAUAAAGCUGUCAUAAAUACAAAGUUUACAUCAAUCACAUAAGAAUGGAAGGUACCAAAAUUAGAUUCCUGAACAAAUGCUUAUCAUUUACCCAUGUCAAUUAACAUAUUGGUAAUUAACCAUCUAUUACAUUUAUUGGACAACACAGCACAUUUAUUUAUUGUCUCUCAAAGCAGAAGGGAGGCAACAUAGCUGAGUGAUUAGAGUGCUGGACUAGUUUUGUGGUUGUCCAGGUUCAAGCUCUCCAUCUUGUUACUAACUGAAUUGUUCUCAAGUGCCUGAAGUUCAAUUCUUGGGAGUGAUCUGUUAACAGCUAACUGGUCUGUCUCCCAUCACUCAUUUUAUGGUUACAACAUUUUUAUUAUGAUAUUUGUUUCAUUCUUUGUUUACACUGGUCAUGAAAAUGAGCCAUCACUUAAGAUAACAUGUAUUGUAAUAUCACUACUAUUACUAUUAUUGUCAUUAUUAUAUCUCAAGCCACAAGAUAUUUCAAAAUAUGACCCUCUGGAAUAUUAGUUCCUGACUGUUCAAUAAGUUUAAGUCUAAUGAUUUUCUGUAAAGAAAGUUAUACCCAUUGGCGUUUGACGUUCUUAAUCUUUUUUGCAUUAUUGUGUUAGUGGUAAUGUUCUCUAAAAUUUUUAAAUUUUUUUUCUAGGUGACAUCUAAGAAGGGAGAGGUAAAACCUGUAGAGUUUUCUAUCACACCAGAGUCCCUUGAAAAUGUGAAAGAGGUAAUGUUAUUCACACUUGUGCAAAGUUAUAAUAAGUCAACAUACUGGAAAAGGUUUUUUUUUUUUACCUACAAUGUGCCACCUACAGUAUAAGGGUCACACAGUAUCUGAUAAAUUAUUUCUUCAGCAUUAACAUGUUUGGCUUGUUUUGCUGUUUUGAGUAACUAUGUUUGUGUUUCUUUUUGUAGAAAGCAAAGGUACCAAAGUUCUUAGUAAAAGGCAAUCUGGAUAAUGCUCUGUGCUCUGCGUUCACAGGAGAGGUCUAUCUAAGACAGAAUUUUAGGAAAUGCCAUACCUUUAUGUAACAGGAGAGGUUUAAAACCACAGGCGAGGCGAGUGUGGUUUUUGACCCAAUAAAGAGUCUGAUUAUUGUCAAGAGAGUUCAUAACAAUUAUGCUUUAAUAAGAUAAUAAUCAUAAGACAGAUUUUUAGGGAAUGAAUUUAAAAAACAGGCCUGUAUAGUCAUGUAGUUUGACAUUGUUCUUUGAGAACUGUGAUUUUCCUUUUGGAACAAAAUUUAUAAAUGGGGAUAUUUGGUUCAUAACACAGGGUUUGAACAGUUUUUCCUCUGUAAUAUAUGUGUAAUGUACUGUGAAAAUAUUCAGCCAGGUGAUUGCAUGAAGAAACUGUUGUUAUUUCAUAGCUGGAGGUUGUUGAAUCAGACAGACCUAUCAAAUCCAUUGAGUUGCAGCUUGUCAGAGUAGAAACAUGUGGUAAGUAAUUUUUAAAGGUUUAUUAUCUGUGGUUAACACUCCUCUAUUGUAUGUCCCUUAAAUAACAUUUUUUUAUGGUGCCAGAAAUAUGCUUUAGAGGAAUCAUUGUUUUAUCAGAGUUAUGACAAAUGAAACUUAGGAAAUUAACUGUAGUGUUAGGUAUGGCAUUCAGAAUUAAAGCAACAUAAAAGCAACAUAAAUUGAAGAAAAUAUAAUCUCUGGUGAGGUGAAAGGGAGAGAGGUUCUAAUAUUGUUUUUAAAUCAUGGACAGUUUUGCAACUUUUUUGACCAUACAGCAAAAAUUUUGACACCUUAGCAAAAAAUUCUGAACUUCAUAGAAUUGUCUUUUAAUGUACUGUAGGAGUUAGGGGUAUGUCUUAGGAAUUUUGACUAUUCUUUACAACACUCUAAUAAUAGCAGCUCUAUAGCUUGAUAUUGUAAUGCAUUUCUUAUCUGUUUCCAUCGCUAUACUUUGAUGAAGUGUAGUGAAGAUGGCCCCUUUAACCCCACAUCUAUGUCAGUGAAGGUCAUGAUCAAUGACCAGUGAGAAUGGGCCAAAACACAUCAAGACCAGCUUACUAUCAAGCUGCAUAGACAGUGAUACACUAUCUUUUGAAUCUCAUUGUCUGACAAAGACAUCAUUGUCCUUAAUUAAAGUCUUCACUGUACAACUGGUAGUGACUCUAAGACAAACAGUUAGACAUUCAUUUUCAAAUUUAUUAUUUUCUUAUUCUUCAUAUUGUAACUAUCAUUAUCAUUACUUUAAAUAUCAUCAUGAUCUUCACCUUUAUCAUAAUUAGCUCCAGUACCACUAUCAUUAGUAGUAUUGCCAUGCAAAUAAAGUACAUAGUAAACUCAUAAUUACUCAAUUCACUGACUCUAGGUUGUGCAGAAGGAUACUCAAAAGAUGGUAACUAUAUGUAUUUUGCUACUAGAAUUAUUUGGCGAGAAGAAGUUAAUCCCAACCAUCUUUUUUUACUUUGUGUGGUAUAGAUGUAAGGAAGCAGUGUGUGUUGAAGGAUACCUUAAUAUGCUACCACAUGUUUUCUGUAAAUCUGUAGACUUGGUUCUUCUGUCUUAGACAUAUGGGGUGCUUAUCUUACAUUACAAAAGACAGGAAAGACCUAAAAGUUUCGAAAUGAAUAACAAGCCCAUAAAAUGUUUUUAUUCUCAGUUUUAUGAAAAACAAUCAAGAAAAAAAUUAUAAACUGCAGUUUUUGCUUUCUUGCAUAGAAACGGUGUAAAAUUGCCAAAUUUUGAAAUGUGCCAAACUCCCACACAUAUUUGUAAUGUUUUGGGGACAAUAUCAACCUUCCAGGCCCCAUGACAGACCAAGACAGAAUUUCUCCUUACAAUACCAAUACAAUAUCAUGCAGGCAAGUGAUGAGAAUAGAGAAAAGCAAGCAAGCAGUUCUCUGAUAACAGUAUGCCAUCCAGUAAACACCACAAUUCUAGCUAUCAGUAUUAGAAAUAUUUUUAUUUUUAUUUUAUUCAUUUGUCAUUUUAUGCAAAACAAAACAAAAUUAUCAACGGCUAGGAAAACUAAUAAUUAAAGGUUGCAAGCUUAGUUUCCCUCACAUGUGCAGUUGUUGUACAAGAUUAAUGAACCUAAACAACAAACAAAAAUCUAAACAACAUAUGUAAUAAAUAGAAUAAUAUUCUUUUACAGCUACCGAGAUUCAGAACAUUCAGGUAGGCUGUAAAAUUGUUCUAUUAAACAAAAUAGAAUAUCUUUUGAAGAUUGGCUUCAUGACAACGAGAAUGUAUCCCUAGUGAAAUUUUAAGACUUUUGUGGUUAUUUGAAUGAGGUAACACUGUCCAGCCGUAUCACAAAAAGGAAAGCAGCCGAUAUAUUUUUUUAAACUUGUAAAACCGUUGAGAAUAGUGUGUCAAAGCGACGGAGGUGAAAUGAUGAAUCACAGGAAAUAGACAAUCGAAAGGCAUAAACCGAAAACCUCUGUUUUAUUCAUUAAGACGGAAUAUUGAACAUGUGUAAGGCAAUGACCGAAAUCGGUUAGCCUAAAAACCCAUUGCCCAAUCGUUAGCUGGUGCUCAAAUUGCCUAUUGGAAGAAGUGUUCAAGAAGUGUUUAGAAAUCUUUCUAACUUAGUUGCCAGAGUUAGUUAUGUCGGUCAGUAUGGUACAACGGUUGUCAAGAACUGUCUGCAGCUAUCCUUAGCGCGGCAGCUUUAUUUCAAUAACUUUGAACUUUCGUUUCAGAUCGCAGAGGGAGAUGUUUGUCGCGGUCUCAGGAUCCCAAUAUACAUGAUAUUUCCUCGUCUAUUUACCUGCCCGACAUUGACCACUGCGAACUUCAAAAUUGGUCAGUUGAGUACCUAUAAUAAAAAUCACAAGCGCAGGCAGGAUUUUACUGAAAGUCAAAGCAAAUCCAGUUUUUUUCUUUAUUUUCCGUUAUCAUAGAUAACCACUUUUUGUUGACAAAUAGAGGGGCUAAUAGCCAGCACCCUAAAGACCCUAUAGCCAUGGCCGUGAGAACAUGUCACACAUUCAUAUUUUCUGUAGCGAUGGGCGUAGUUCGAUGGGCCGAUGGAAUAAUUUCCUUAAGGCUUCAUUAAACUGACCGUGUAGCCCUCUCUUGUUUGUCACAGAACUGUCUGGAAGAAGGUAGCUAAAAAAUUGAUAUAACGGCUGAAGAAAAAGUCAGUUGAUGCAAAAGAAGUGAUUCCCGCUAAGAUACGAAAAACGCACCAGUGGAAAAAGACAUUCAUCCUUCUAGUUGAAAAGUUGUCUUCUUUCUGGCGGGUAGUGGGAAGUUAUUUGUCAUUGCUAGUGAAAAAAUGUAACAAGCUGCCUAAGAAACUAUUUUAUCUAAAAGCAAAUCUACCAGCGUUUUAUCACAAGUGCUGCAAUCCGAUUGGCCACGCAGCUCCCUAUCCUUGACAAUUAUUCCACGAUCGUGCAUUGUAUAUGAGAUGAUAGAUAGCUAUGAUCAUCUCAUAUCCAACAAGCAUGAGUAGAAUAAUUGUUUUAUUAAAAACCCUCCAAAAUAUAGAUAAAUCUCCCCAACUUUAUUUUGUAAGAACAAACGGAAUGUUUCAAUGUACUAUAACACUUCCGGUCUGGUUUUCAUGCCUGUGCAUGGUAUGAUGGCUCAUAACCCAUGAUUUCUAAGCCAAUGAAAACUCUCGAAUUGCAUAAUCCGAUGAUCAAAGUUUUAAUAAUCCGUGAUGAACAAUGAGUAGCUUGAGUAGUCCAACAGUGUGCGGUUGUAAAUAAAGUAAAAAUAAAAUUAUGAUCAUGUCUUGCUGUUAUGCUGUGAACGACUGUCAGAUUUGUACUAAAUCAACUUUGUGUUCCAGUAUAUUGGGACUUCUCCAUCUUCAACUAUCACGCGAUAGAAAUCUCGCACUUUUAAUCUAACUGUUGAAUACAGCAGUUUGCAAAUAAUCUUUGUUCUUCCUCUGUUUCAGAAUUCGAGGUGAAUGUGGUAAUAGUUCUUCAGGAUGAUCAUCUCAUUACAGAAAACUUUCCAAUUAAAAUUAUGAGAUUUGAAAAUAAUGCUGUAUGAUUCCUAGAGGGGAAGGACUCUUGCAAAGUGUCUCCUUCCUUUAGAAAUGAUUAAAGGAAAGCUUAUACAAUCCAUAAAGUCUAGUAAAGGAUUUGAACGAAACAAUGUAUGUCUUUAAUACGACAAGAAGUAGUUCUGACUUUCUGAUGGUUUUUCAAGUGUUUAAAAUGUAAAUUUAUAGCUGCAUUAAAAAAUUAUAUAUUUUUUAAGAUGAUAAUAAACGAACAAGAAUUCUGUUGAAGGGUG